AUGACUGAAAAGAAGCGUCUUGCUAAUGAAGAUUUUAGUAAUGUAUGGAAAGAUAAUAAAAAUAUACUCACGUCAGGAUUAAAACUUGAUCUUGUUGAACAUUUAUUACAACAACGUUUAUCAAAAGAUUGGGUUGAUGCAAAAGAACGUGUUAUUAAAAUUAUGAAACUUGAUCAAUUUGAUAAUUCACAAGAAAUUAAAAUUCUUGAUAUUGGAUGUGGUUUAGGUAUUGAUUUAAUGUUAGUAGCAGAAGAAGCUAAUCGUUUAGGUAAAACAGUUUCAAUUAUUGGUUUAGAUCAAAAUUCAACUAUGAUUGAAGAAGCAAAAAAAUUAUAUGAAAGUCAAAAAGAUCGUUUAUCAUCGAAUGUAUUUAUUCAAAUAAUUCGUGGUGAUAUUCUUCAAAUGGAAUUUAAUGAUGAAACUUUUGAUAUUGUCCGUUCUGAUAUUACUCUUCAACAUGUAGAUCUUGAAAAAGCUAUAAUGGAAAUUAAACGAGUAUUAAAAGUUAAUGGUCGAUUAAUAGCAUUAGAAGGUGGUGCUGGAAAUAUUUAUUAUCCUGAUGAAAUUAUGAUUAAAACAUAUGAUACUGUUUUACCAAUCCGAAGAGAUGGUGGAACUGCAAUUCGUUUACAAUUUAUGUUACCAAAAAUGGAUUUUGAUAUUAAAGGUUCAAAUCCAAUAGCUUUUCUUCAAUCAGGUCAUUUCCUAGCAAGUCAAGAUAAAGAUUGGGUUAAACUUCAAGGAAUGGGAGAAAUAUUGGUUACAAAAGGUAUCUUAACCGAAGAGGAAAGCAAAGACUUUCAAAAACGUUAUAUUGAAGCGUGUAAAACUAAUCAAAUAAUUGGAGCUUCCAUUAUUUUUAUUAUUGAAGCUGUUAAAUGCAAAUAA